GAGAUAAAACGAUGGAUUUGAUCCUGGUCGCCAUGAGCAACCUCAAUGAUCUACCACCCCUUUCCAUUCCAAGGACCAGCUAGACGUGACAUGCCAGGAUAACGCCGGCUUGCCAUGAUCUACUUAUAUCUAUUAUCGCCCCCGCACUUGCGGAGAGAGCUGUUGCUGAGCAGCUUCGCAGUCGCUGUGAUUUUGCUCCUUUAUCCACCGCCAUCGUCAGUAUGGCGCUCCGCCAUGCGUUGGUGUCAUUCGUUUUCUUGACUCGCUCGUUUGCUGCAAACAACAGCGUUACUGAUGAUUAUGACGUUCUGCAGUAUGUUGAUACACUGAUCGGAACCACCAAUGGGGGAGAUGUUUUCGCUGGAGCAACACUCCCUUAUGGAAUGGCCAAAGCUGUAGCUGAUACAAACUCCCAGUAUAACCAAGGCGGUUUCACCUAUGAUGGGAGUGCAAUCACAGGGUUCUCAAACCUGCACGAUUCUGGCACGGGAGGAAGUCCUUCUUUAGGCAAUUUCGCGCUCUUCCCCUACGUCAGCUGCGAGAAUGAUGAUGUUGAUGGCUGCGUCUAUCCAAAGACACGCCGUGCAACGGGCUAUGUCAAUGGCUCUGUGGCGGCUGUUCCGGGUUAUUUUGGACUCACACUGGACUCUGGAAUCGUAGUAGAUAUGACCGUUGCUCACCAUACAUCUCUCUUCCGCUUCCGCUUCCCAGAAUCAGGGGACAAUGCGAGCAGUCCCCUGAUUCUUUUGGAUUUGACCGAUUUGCAAGACUCUCGACAGGACAAUGCUACCAUUUCUGUCGACCCGUCCACAGGGCGCAUGCAGGGUAGUGGUCGUUUCCUACCCAGCUUCGGCAGCGGUACUUACGAGGCAUUUUUCUGUGCUGAUUUUCAGAGCUCAUCUGGACUUCGCGAUAACGGCAUAUUCGUCGACACACGCGCGAGUACUGGCGUCAAAGACUUGAAACUUUCAAGGGGAAUCAAUGGCUAUCCAUUACCGGGUGGAGGUUUUGUACGAUUUCAGCCUUCUUCUUCUAACACGGUUCUUGCUCGUGUCGGGCUUAGCUUUAUCAGCAGUGAGCAAGCCUGCUCCAAUGCUGAAUCUGAGAUCCCCACGUUCGACUUUAACACCACAUAUUUCUCCGCUGUCGAUGCUUGGAGACAGAAACUGAGCCCUAUCAGAGUGUCGAGGAAAGGUGUCGAUCGCUCAAUUCUCGUCAACUUCUACAGUGGCAUUUACAGAACCAUGGUCAACCCACAGGACUAUACGGGUGAAAACCCGCUCUGGAAGAGUGCUGAGCCAUACUUUGAUUCAUUCUAUUGUCUCUGGGACUCCUUUCGGUCUCAAAUUCCUUUCCUCAUCCUCGUAGAUCCUCAUGCAGUUGCUCGUAUGAUCCGAUCUCUUAUCGACACGCAGAGGCAUCUUGGUUGGCUUCCGGAUUGCCGCAUGUCACUUUGUAAAGGAUUCACGCAAGGCGGCUCCAAUGCCGACAACGUUCUCGGCGAUGCAUUUGUGAAGGGACUAACCGAUGGUAUCGACUGGGAAGACGGCUACGCAGCAGUGCAAAAGGAUGCUGAAGAGGAACCAUACGACUGGUCCAAUGAAGGACGAGGUGGUCUAGUCAGUUGGAAGAGCCUGAACUAUAUCCCCGAGCAAGAUUUCGACUAUCUUGGUUUCGGUACCAUGACACGGAGUAUCUCGCGGACACUAGAAUACAGCUAUAACGACUAUGUCAUUUCGCAAAUCGCGCGCGGGCUCAACAAAUCUGCAGAUGCUGAGAAGUAUGAGGCCACUUCGGGAUACUGGCAGAACCUCUUCAAGCGGGAUCAGAGAUCAUAUAUCAAUGGCCAGGACACCGGGUUCGAGGGCUUCUUUCAGCCCAGGUAUCUUAACAAGACAUGGGGUUAUCAGGAUCCAAUUACAUGUUCCAACAUCGACACUAGUGGAAGUCCAUGCUCCCUUCAGAACAACGCAGGCGAGACUUUCGAAUCCAGCAUCUGGGAAUAUCAAUUUUUCGUCCCCCACGACAUGGCAACUCUAAUAACUCUCCUCGGCGGCCCAUCCCAAUUCGUCAAACGCCUCGACUACCUUCACGACAAAGGCAUAACCUACAUCGGCAAUGAACCCGCCUUCCUAACCGUCUAUCAAUAUCACUAUGCCGGCCGACCAGCCAAAUCCGCCCUCCGAUCUCACUUCUACAUCCCCGCCUAUUUCCAAACCACUCCAGGCGGUCUACCAGGAAACGACGACUCGGGCGCCAUGGGCUCUUUCGUGGCCAUGUCUAUGAUGGGCCUAUUCCCUAAUCCCGGUCAGAGCGUGUACCUUAUCAUACCACCAUAUUUCGAAUCUGUCCAGAUCACGUCCCCUCUCACCAAUCGCACAGCCACUGUUAGGGUGAGGAAUUUUGAUCCGUCUUAUACAAAUGUGUACAUUCAGUCUGCGACGCUGAAUGGGAAACCGUAUACGAAGAAUUGGGUAGAUCAUAGCUUCUUUACGGAGGGUAUGGAGUUGGUGCUUACCCUGGGGAGGAACGAGAGCUCCUGGGGAACCAGGCAGGAGGAUUUGCCUCCUUCGUUGUCGACGAGAUGAAUGGUUUACGUAUAUGAUAAUCAGAUUCCCCACCUUCUUUUGUGUAUGGGUAAUUUAAGAAUAUGCAAUAAUGAUAUUCAGAAUGAGUUUAAGAGAUGCCUCACACCGUAGUACACCGUUAAGG